GGGAGCGACUGGGACGUUGAGGAAAGAAGGAGAAAGAAAAGAAGUCCGAUCCAGAGCGUCAGAUUACGCACGACUCCGAACCGGACGCGUCUUUUGCUGCGGUUUAGGAAAUGUAGUGGCAAUCUUUUCCGAACAUUUCAACAAGGUUUUUUAGUUGAUGAGAAGUGCCCGGAGCUGCUCUUUUUGGUUCCCCGUGUUUGCAGCUGCAGUUGUCGGGCUUCAACCACUGAAGCAACCGCUGCUCCUCCAGAACCGCUCCUUCUCGUUCAUCUUUUACGCGUUAAUCAAUAACGCCUUUUACUCAAACAGACCCGUAACUGCAUUGAAAAAGUCUCUAAGAAAUAAGCGCGAUGUGUGACCUGAUGCCAGCCUCGCAACCAGUGGAGAAAAUCGGCAAAAUGAAAAAGUUGAGGAGAACUUUGUCGGAGAGUUUCAGGAGUAUUGCUUUCAAGAAAGAAGACAGCAGCUUUGAUGAGAUAUGUGUCACGAAGAUGUCCACACGCAGCGUCCAGGGAUCCGACUCGGUCAUCAAGCCCCUGGACACCAUCCCUGAGGACAAGAAGGUGCGCGUGCAGAGGACCCAGAGCGGCUUUGACCCGUUUGAGAAGCCCACCAGUCAAGUGAAGAGGGUCCACUCCGAGAACAAUGCCUGCAUCAACGCCAAGACCUCCUCCACUGGGAAAGAGUCACCCAAACUGCGCCGACACUCCAGUCCCAGCUCUCCGACAAGCCCGAAGUUUGGGAAGGCAGACUCCUAUGAGAAGUUGGAGAAGCUUGGAGAAGGUUCAUAUGCCACAGUCUACAAAGGGAAAAGCAAGGUGAAUGGGAAGCUGGUUGCGCUCAAGGUGAUUCGUCUACAGGAAGAGGAAGGGACGCCUUUUACAGCCAUAAGGGAAGCCUCUCUGCUCAAAGGCCUGAAGCACGCCAACAUCGUGCUGCUCCAUGACAUCAUCCACACCAAGGAGACCCUCACUCUGGUCUUUGAGUAUGUGCACACAGAUCUGUGUCAGUACAUGGAUAAGCACCCUGGAGGUCUGCACCCGGACAAUGUCAAGCUCUUCCUGUUCCAGUUACUGCGCGGUCUGUCCUACAUCCACCAGAGGUACAUCCUUCACAGAGACCUCAAGCCUCAGAACCUGCUCAUCAGCGACACUGGAGAGCUCAAGCUGGCCGACUUUGGUCUGGCCCGGGCUAAAUCAGUUCCCAGCCACACGUACUCCAACGAGGUGGUGACCCUGUGGUACCGGCCCCCCGACGUCCUGCUGGGCUCCACCGACUACUCCACCUGCCUGGACAUGUGGGGUGUUGGCUGCAUUUUCAUUGAAAUGAUCCAGGGAGUGGCUGCCUUUCCUGGGAUGAAGGACAUCCAGGACCAGCUGGAGAGGAUAUUCCUGGUCCUGGGAACUCCUUCUGAAGAUACUUGGCCUGGUGUGAACUCAUUGCCUCACUUCAAGCCAGAUCGCUUCACAGUUUACAGUGCGAAGAAGCUGAGACAAGCAUGGAAUAAGUUGGGCUAUGUGGACCACGCUGAGGAGUUGGCCUCCAGGUUCCUCCAGUGCUUCCCAAAGAACCGUCUGUCGGCUCAGGCAGCGCUCCAGCACGAGUACUUCAGCAACCUGCCCCCCCGGCUCUGGGAGCUUCAGGACAUGUCUUCUAUCUUCACCGUUCCAAAUGUCAAACUGCAGACGGAGAGUGGAGACAGUAUCCAGGUGUGCGCUCGGAGGAACAGUCACGGAAAAGCCCCCUCAGGCACCAAACACUGACCGGGGGCGGAAUUCUGCUCAUCCCCACCGCCUGACAGGUGGCUGUUAUAAAACCAUGAAGACCUGCGUAACAAGAUAGAGGAUCUAAACAAAACGGCAGAGCCCCAGAGUUCUUUAUUUAUUACUUUCACGACGUGUGUGUGCGUUUGUGAGUGAGUGAGAGAGUGACUGCGGUGUGUGCAUGGACAAGCAAAGGGCGCAUGUGAGCUUUUCAGAUGGUACCUAAGAAUUAUCAUUUGCAAAUUUUGUUUACUUUUUAUAAAGCUCCAACAACUCCUAUGAUAUCAUCGUCACGGUAACAACAAAAAGGACUUUACUAUUGGUACAUAUUGUGUUUUGUGUUUGUAACUAGCCUCCUAUUUAAGAAUGUAUAUUUGUAUGAUAUACUCAUCUAGAUACUAUAUAAUGGACAUUUUGAAUAUCGCAUCUUCUCACACUGCUCUGGCCAACAUACGCAAAUAAGCAGCAAAUAGGACAAGCAGAAACAAUGAACAAAACAUAAUGCAGUCAGAAGAGAUGGUUUUCCUUGUAUAUUUUUAAAAUAUGUUUGACUUGAAUCCAAAAAAGUUUAUAAUAAUAAUAAUAAUAAUAGCAAUGUAAGGCUUGAUCAGGUGGAGUAACAUAUGUCUGGAUGUUCUUUGUUAACUUUAUAAUACCAUGAUUUUCUCAAUCGUUAUCCACAUAUACAGCAGGGGAUUUGGCUAAUACAAAUGUACAAUCAACCAAAAUGUGAAUGAAUUUGUGAGACCAUAUUGGUAUACAGAUGUUGGCUAACCUUUUGUCUAGCUAUGUUAUAUAUUAGGAACUUGUCAAUACAUACAACCAAACCACUAAACAACCAGAUUUGUGAUAAAUGUAAUACAUGAGCUAUAUCUUUCUGUCAAAUCAUUAGAAUGUAAUGACUUAGUUUAUUAGUUAAAUCUCUGUAAAAGUUCUGUUCUCAUAGCAAUCAGGUUUUGAAAUGACAUUUUACUAGACUUAAUACUUAAUACUAUACUGUGCUAUUUUCUGAUCUAAGUUAUAAUGUUGCUUCCUCAUCAAAAACAAACCUGGUGUUUUGUUUCAUUCAAACACAUUUAACACACACACACACACACAAAACACAUAUUUAGGCUGAAUUGUUUUUCUCAAACCGAAAACACUCAGCCUUGUGAUGUGUGGUAAUACAGAAAGUACUCCACUGUAUUUUUAAACUCCAUACCCCUUCACUGGAAUCAUUUGGAUAAUUUCAGUCCUAAUGAAAUGAAAUGAAAUAACUUAUAAAUGAAAACUACUGGUUCAUGACAUCAUAAGGUGGAUCAGAGCAUUUUGAGCAGACAAGAAUAACAAUAAAACGCUACUCAAACAUGUGUGAAUGAAACAAAACACAAUUCCAGAUGUUUUUUAGGAGGUAACAUCAUUAUAACGUGGCUUAACGCUCACAAGAGUCCAUUUUGUGUAAUAUACGACCUAUAACAUUGAGCAUUAUCUCCAUGUGUAGUGUUUCAAAUGGGUGAGUGAUCAGACGGGCUUUAACAAUACUAGAUUAUCAUGUCUGAUUCUGUAAUGGGGCGAUUUGCUUCACAACAUGGAGGCAAAAUCACUAUUGUUGGCCAUCUUGGAUUCCCAUUUUCUCUCCUGAUUCAUACUCGAAAACGAUUUGAACACUUUAGUAAUUGAAGUGGACCUCAAAGACGAACCCAGACACCUGUUGUUUCACCUGAAAAGCCAGUCUUAUGGAGAUGUUGAUGGUGCACACAUAGUCUAGCCAAUCAGAUGCAAUACAGACAGCAGCUGUAGACAUAUAUGUUGAGUGAAUGUGCAAACUUAAAGGGACAAUAGCUUAGCGUCAGUGCUUCCAUCCACAAUAUGUACAUGAGCUAAGGAGCUAACUGUCACAACACAAGGCAAUAGGCUAUGCUAGCUGUUGUCCCGCUAGGCCCAGGACAAUCUUAUCGCCAUAGAAACAUCUGCAAUAUUACUACUGCUAAAAGUUCAGUUUUGUUUAUUAGAUAUUAUUAAAAGACAGCUUUAUUUGAAACGUCGUCGCACUAUACUGUAUCGACAGUAGAAACAGUGGAGAUGUUGAAAUCACAAAAGCAGGAUUUUAAAAUGCUAGAGUGAUUCAUGUAUAGAGAUGACGUGAAAUAAAUGUGUUUAGGUAUUUUAUAGCUACUAUUAUUAAGCCAUUUUAGCAUAAGAAAGGCUUAGGUAUAACUAUAGUAAGCUUACAACUUGAUUUCUGCCUAGGGUGACCAGAUUUUCAAAAUAAAAACCUGGGACAACCCUGAUUUGAGGUGGUUAAUAAUAAAAUUGUGAAAUGAGUGCAUAAUUAAGGAAACUUGCUAUGCCCAUUCAUGAUUUAUGCAUAACUUGACUUGUGAGUCUGUAUAAAUGGAAAGACUUAAAUCAGUACAAGUACUGAAUACAGUUUUGAACAAAUGGCAAUAUAUUCCCUUUGCUGUUGUUGACAAGUAUCAAAUUGGACAAAAAUACGGACACCUUGGACAUUUCUUGUAUAAAUGUGGGACAAAUCAAUGGUUUUGGAUAAAUGCUGGGACUGGGAACACAGGGCUCAGAACUGGGACUGUCCAGGAUAAACAGGAACAUCUGAUCACCCUAUGUCUGCCAGUUAGCUUGUGCCCCAUCUGAUACAUUUUAAAAGCAGUAAAUGGCUCAAAUAAAUAAAAAAUAAUAACAAUGUAGUCCAACAUCCAAUAAUUUCUCCACUAGAGCUUCCAUCCCAACUUGAAACUCCACUCUUUCUACUGCCUGCAGUGUGUAGUAUGUGUAGUAUAGGUGGGAAAUACUUACCUGGCUCUCAUGCUUUCUCAUAUGUGUGCCCCUCAACAUCCUCUUGAAUUUCUACAAUGAUUUUAAAACACAGUGGUUUAAUGUAUUUUUGAACUGUUGCUUUAAUGUUUUAAUUGUGUUGGUGAUCAUUGUGAAGUACUAUCGACACAAAAGACUUCCUGUUUUUAUCAGUUGUGAAUUGACUGAACCAAUAACCGCUGGCCCUGGGCUGUUACGAAGACACGAGGCUGCUAAUCUCAUAACCUUCGCUAACACAUUUCCAUACGCAUUAAUAGAUAUCUUGCCUGUUUCAAUAAGGACCUUUUGCUAUACAGUUAAAUCCUGCAGCCCUUUUGUACCCCACAGAACUGGAGUCGGUUCGGCGAAUGGAAAAAAAAAGACUCUGACUACCUUUAUGGCAUUUAAAUAGAUGGAUUAUUUGGAGUGCGGGAGGUUUUCAUAGCAAUAGUGGACCAAGGUACGGCGAGCUAAAGAAUCCCAAAGUAACGUACGCUGUUUACUGUAGCUACACGCCCAAGCUAACAAUCACGCCACACGCCUGCUUACUAAGUAGUUUGUUGUUGCAUGCUAUCUCUACCACAGGGAAAUACAAACAUGGUGCUUAUUUACCAACAACUACAUAAAUAAUACUUUCAAUGAAAAUAGGGUUGAUAAUAUAAUUUAAUUUUUUUUUUCUUAUGACCCUUUUUGUCAUUCUUUGCCCCUUUUGCUUAUGCUAUAUUACUUAUUUCCAUUUUUGUUAUCACAUAGACAAAAAUAUCAACCAAAACCCAUGUGCUUUAACUAUUGCGAACAGAUUCUAAACGUUUGCGUGAAUCAAUAUAUUUAAAAAAAAAAAUCUACACAAUUUCUGAUCAGUAGAAAUAAAACGUCUUUGACCAAUGGAAAAAAAAAAAAAGAAAGAAAGAAAAUAAUAAUACAAUUCUGUUUAAACGCUCCCCAAUUGAUUUCAAAGCACUUUAAAGAAAUUGCGUACAUUCCAGUUUUGUCUGGUCACUUAUAAAAUAUUAUAACUAUUAACUAUCAUACUAUAACUAUCUGAUACUCUACUUAUAAUGAUGCUAUGUCCCUGAUUUUAAAUACUAAUUUUGGAUAGAUGUAAAAUAUAAACUGCUAUGAAACGAGUGUGUUUUGGCCAGCGUGCAACAGUAAAAAGAGAUAAGAACAGAUGGGAAAGGGUUAGUAUAUACAGUAUCUUGUUAUGUGCAGGUUACCCAGUGUGGCUUUAGGGGAUUGCAGUUUUUUGCAGGUUCAUUUUCUUUGUGCAUAUCUUUGGCACAUGUUUUUUUUUUUCUCAUUUGCAGAGCUACGAUACUCUAGCCUGCAGUCUUGUACAGAUACUUAUAUUUUUGUGUGGGCAGUUGCUAAAGACACUGCUCAAACUUGAAUGCGCUUCAUACUGUAGAUUUGGGACCCCAUGAAGGAAAUGGUUUUGGAGAAAAUUGCACAUGAAACAAAAUAGCACUGUGAUGGGAAAAUGGAAUAAUAUUUUAACCAGAAAAAUAUGAAGUUGGUGAAAUGCGAAACGGCGAUGCUGCCAGUGUUUGUAUACAGGGUUAUACGGAAAGCCCCUUAAUGCUAGCAAAGAGAAAUCGUUUAUGAAUAUAGGCUAUGAACUAUUUUUGGUGGUGUCAUGGAAACGAAUGGUUGACUUACUGAAAUAGGUUAAUCCAUUUUAGCAGCUUUUUCCUAACUUCUCCACAUAUUAUUUUCAUUUUGUAUGCUGCACUGAAAAAAUAAAACACAAUUUCACAUGUUGUUUGGAAAAAAAAAUACAGAAGUGCCGUCAGACACUUCACGUGAAACACAAUAUAAUAUACAGUAGAUUAGCAGUUGCAUUAUUUGUUACAACCUGUAUGUAAUGUUAUUAUGGAAGAUGUAAUGUCCUUCUGUAAAUGUUGUUUAUUGUUGUUUUACCUGAAAUAAAAUUUAUUAAUGCUUCAAA